AUGGAUGGUGAUACUGCAGCUGGGUUGAUUUGUGGCGAUCUCAGGGCAUCCCCUAUUUUCAGGCUGCCUCCUGAAGUUCUUUCACUCAUAUUUAUCUUCGUCGUCAAAAUGAACCGUUUUGGUGGACGUGGUAAGCCUUUCGGCCGAGGGGAGGAGGCAUCUUUCUUGACAGAGAUCUGCUCGAAAUGGACGUCUAUCGCCUUGGACACACCUGAAAUCUGGGCAUGCAUUUUGAUUAAACCAUGCCAUGAACACAACACAGGACUGGAUCGGGAUCGGCUGAGAGCGUGUCUUGCCCGUGCCAAGUCGUUUCCUUUAUCUGUGGAGGUUGUGGCCAAUGGUAGAGAUGCAGGUUUUCUGUUGCUACAGCUGGUCACAGAGUAUACAAACUGGAAGAGCUUGAUGAUAUAUAUUGGACGGAGAAUGGAUGCCGACUCUUGCGCAACUUUCUUGGGAAUGAUGAAGGACAACUUAAGCUCCCUUCGACAACUCAAGGUCCGUGGUUUCUGGAUGAACCGUAUCAAUACCUCCUUCCAGAUUUGGAAGGGAAGAAACCCAUUCCCAAAACUCGAAAUUCUGGAAUUCGACGAAGACUCCAACCUGCGUGUCUUCCCGAUGGUAGACACUUCCAUCUUUCCCUACCAUCAACUCACCGAAAUAACCCUUGAUUUCGGUGGAAGAUUUACUGAUGUGAACAACCCGGAGCACCGGGUUCGGGACACUUUAAUACUCUGCCAAAAGCGCAUACGCUCGGCGAAGUUGUAUCUCCAACCCCCAUCCACAAACUCCACGAACCCUCUCCCGAAACUGACUUUUCCUUCGCUCGAGCAUCUCGAAAUCCACACUGUUCCUCUCCGUUUCGUUAUUAUUCUCUUGGGACAAAAAGUCGAUCCGUUUUUCGAUGCCUUCAUAGACCUCGUCAAGCGCUAUGGGGUGUCAAAGACCUUACAAAAGUUCCAAUUGUGCUACGACGGUAUGAUGACAAUGGGAAUGCCACCCGAACUAGCAUCAUGCCCCAGACCUUUACUAGACUUUCUCAAGCACACAACUGGGUUGGUGGAUCUCCGGAUAACAGCUUCCCCACGUAUAAAGACUGAACAAGACUGGGUGGCGUUUCUCCGAGAAUUUUGGGAAAUAACGAUGAUUCAGGACGGCUCGAGAAUGAAAGCUUUCGAAGAUCCUCUCACUGCUUCGUAUCCGAUGCCCUGUAUCCUCCCAAAACUUGAACACCUUCACAUCAGCUAUGUUAUCCCUCAAUUUGACUGCCACCUACAACGUCAUCCUAAUCCAUGCGAGUGGCUCAAGGAAUUCGUGGCGAUGGUCGGAAUGCGCAGUGCCAAUGGGCUCCAAUCAGUAUUUCUAGAGGUCGUCAAGUCGGGUAUUAGUGAGACGGAAUGGGGGCUUGAUCAUUAUAUGGAUCUGGAACUGUUAAGGCGCCUACAAGAAGACAUGGGUUUGGCGAUACGGGUUGUGAAACGUUGGUAUCCUAUAACUUUCACGGACCCGGGGUACGACUGCAAAAAAGUGAAAGUGUUAGGCGGUAGUCGUCGUCCUACUAUCGAAGCAGAGUUAUUGCGUAUCAUCGUUGUCUCUUGCUCUGUUUCUCCUGUAACUCAGGAGGACUACGAAAAGGCGCCCAAAUGGUCGAUGCUAUACAUCGCGGAAGACGCUGGCUUGACCGCCUUGGUCUACCACUACCUUCACACUCGUACAUCUGAAAUCCCGCUAGCAACUUCAUCCCGAUUUGAUCAUACUAACUUUGAAGCACCAACCCGCCCCUAG